AUGUCUGCUAGCACAACACCCAAGGUGCUGUCCGCAAUCUCCUCUACUCGAGGAACCGCGACGGCUUCCAAAGGUACAGCAAGCAGGCCUAGUAUUAAGCGGCAAAGGUCAGGUGAAACGCAGGUGUCUGAGGGUAAGCGGCUGAAACCAUCAACUAGCUUAACAUCAGCACCUGAGCUACAAGUAGCCAUCAUAGAUCGUAGUCAACCUGAUGGGAAAAUGACUACGGACAGAUGGCUGCUUCUGGAGGAGAAGAUCUUGCGGGCACUAGUGGACGAACUCGCAUGCAGUGAGGAUGAUUCCUUCACUGCAUUCGACGGCGCCAAAUGGUUAAAGGGUGUCAAGAUCAUCGGGUGCGGUAACGAGAAGGCUCUAGGCUUUCUCAGUAACUGUAUCCGAGGAGUUGGCGAACUCUGGCCCAACGCAAGAAUCGAAAUCGUCCCACUGGAUCAAGUACCUUUUCGUACGACGGUGAGAGUGUGGGUCCCUCCUCCCCUUUUGGAGGACGAAGCCACGCUAACACUUAUAAAGUGUCAGAACAAGGAACUUGGUACAGAGGACUGGACGAUUGAACGAGGACGCUCUAGGGACAAAGGAGAAGGCAAGGAUCUCUGGAUCAAAAUUGGUUCAGAAUCCCUCCGACUCCUGCGUUCUUCGCAAGGCGUCAUCAAGUACGGGCUAAACCAACUCCGGUUGAUCUUGCCCGCGGUGAAGCGCAAUGAUGAACCCAAGCGGCCUGAGAGUGGUACAGAUUAA